GGCAGUCGAGCCACAUACCUAAUGGAUCUUCUACGCCAUCAUUAUCUGUAUUCGCACCAGCUUCCGUAUCGCCUGGCAGGAAUGCGAUAUGGGGCCGUCUCCCCUUAUCAAGUAGUGUCUGUUCCCCGUUGCACCUGCGAGUGUUACUGUGAGAGGAGUCGAGCACAGUUUGCUGAGGGUGAAUCUCGAGAUGCAACAGACACCGACGGGAAUGGAAGAGCUAGAGAGUUCGAUGACCUAAAAAAUGCAGACUUCUGUCACGAUAAAACCGGGGGCAGGAGAAACAGAACCACUUACAAGAGAUGGCAAAUCGAGGAGCUCGAGAGAGCAUUUGCUCUGAAUCCCUAUCCAACCAGUGUGUUUAAAAAGACCCUCGCUUUGAGACUGGGACUGAGAGACUCGCGAGUUCAGGUUUGGUUCCAAAAUCGUCGCGCGAAGGCAAAACGAGAAAGACACGGCUCGUUUGAAUGUCUUAACGAUACAGAAGUGGAAAUUACAGAGGAAGAAAAAUCUUCAGCGGGGGAAAAUCAAACUGACGUUGAGGAAAACAAAGAACUUGACGUAGACGUUGAUUGAAACUACAUUUGCUUUAAAAAUUGAUCUAAUACCAUUGGGCUCGGCUUGAAUGGUGCUCUUGCAACAAUACUCAAACCAGAAUAACAAUGCCUUCGUCUUUAAGAAUGCCAGCCUCAAUAUAAGGCAACGAAAAUGGAGGGUACAAGGAGACCCUCAAAUGAGUUAAAAGAAAAAGCACCACUGCGCAUGUACAUUUUCCUGCCUCUUAGCCAAUCAGCUUAGCUAGACUUAGAACAUUAGCUUUAGGAAAAGACCAAAUAUCCUGCAAGAAGAUGUGAUGCGAUGUUCAUAGAGCUGAGAUGAACUGAUAAAGCCCACCUUGAAUUUUGUUAAAUAACAAUUGCCAAGAAUAAUGUGGCCAUCGAAAAUAGAUUAAUCAGUAGAUGUAAAUAUGA